CCAUGGCCAGAAACACCAAAUGUCCAACAGCAGCUCCAUCAGCCACUUCCUCCUGCUGGCACUGGCAGACACGCGGCAGCUGCAGCUCCUGCACUUCUGCCUCUUGCUGGGCAUCUCCCUGGCUGCCCUCCUGGGCAACGGCCUCAUCAUCAGCGCCGUAGCCUGCGGCCACCACCUGCACACGCCCAUGUUCUUCUUCCUGCUCAACCUGGCCCUCACUGACCUGGGCUGCAUCUGCACCACUGUCCCCAAAGCCAUGCACAAUUCCCUCUGGGACACCAGGACCAUCUCCUACUCAGGAUGUGCUGCUCAGAUCUUCAGGGCUGUGCUGAGGAUCCCCUCUGAGCAGGGACGGCACAAAGCCUUUUCCACCUGCCUCCCUCACCUGGCCGUGGUCUCCCUGUUCCUCAGCACUGGGUUUUUUGCUUACCUGAAGCCCCCCUCCAUCUCCUCCCCAUCCCUGGAUCUGGCGCUGUAG